CCUCUGAAAACUUUUGCAUGGCGGCAUUUUCCGUCGAUCUCUAAAGUGUUUUUAGAUUCAUCAGCAACAGUACUUAUGUUGUGAUAUCAUUUGAGGGGAAAAGCUAUUUAAGAAAAUGUCGAGGGCACAAGCUGAGAGUGUCAUAAAGAACAUAAUACGCGAAAUCGCUCAAGAAUGCGCCAACAAAGGGCAGGCAGUUUCGGAAACACUCGUAGCAUUUAUGGUUAAAGCGGUAGUCUUAGAUCCAGACAAUGAAUUUAACGUGGACAGAACUUUGACCAAAGAUGAUGUACAAAAACUCAUUAUGUUGUGUGUAGAUAGACUGUUGGACUCACAAUCUCCAUCUUUGGAUACAGUCAAGAUGCAGGUUUAUUUUGACAUGAAUUACACCAGUCGAGGUAUGCACAAAUUUUCAAAUCUCUUUCUACAGAAUGAUGUGGUUGGCUGUGCACAACAGGUAGAAGCUCUUGAAUCUCAGUUUUCAGCCAGAAUGGAAGCCUUGAAAAACACAGUGCAGUCCAAAACUGCAGUGCCAACGGCACAAGUUUAUCCCCAAUUUAUCACACUGGCACAUUUGUGGACUGGAUUUCAAGAUGAAAUGGUCCUUCUAAGUGUUCUUAGUAACAUCUUAGCGAGUUUGGAACCUUUCACUAAGAUACAUAGGGAAGUGUUAACAGAAGAAGUUCUACAGCCAUACAUUGAUGGAUUAGAAAUCAGAACUGAUGAUCAAAGACUGGCAGAUAGUUCUUCAGACGAUGAUAGAAUUGAUGGCAAAGAAAUCGAUAAUCCUAAGAUUGAACUACUGUUUCACGAGACUACAAAGAACUUUGACAAGCUACCAAUACAGUACCGGGGUUUUUGUGGUUGGUCGCUUGUGGUAUAUGAUCGUUUAUUAAUCCCGUCCAACCCAGGGAUCGGUGUUCUACGUUAUAAAGACAAUUACUACGCCUUCUGUGACAAACAAGCUGCCUACGAGUUCUCCAAUGCUCCUGAAAGUUACAUUAAUGGAGUUGCAGAAGCGGCUAAGAAAUCUCCCGAACUUAUUCAGCUGCUGGAGCUUCACACACAGUUUGCCUCCAUCACACCUUACGCCCAGGGUAAAGAACCUGGACGGAUGAUCGAGGCACCUGUUACUAAGUGUGACAGUGGAACACAAACAGACACUCACUUCAUGGAGACAAAUAUUGUCAAGUCUUACGAGUGGAAUGAAUGGGAGCUGAGGAGGAAAGCUCUUAAACUGGCAAAUCUCCGCACCAAGAUCACUCAUUCAGUGCAGACGAAUCUGAGUAACUUUAGGAGAGACAACGACUCACAAGUGUACCUCCCUAAGAAUGUGGAAACACAAACCAAGCGAGAGUCAUCAACAAAUGUUCCGAAGCCGUCCACGUUCGUAGCUGGCUUGCGAGGCUGCAACUCCACCAAAACAACAAUGAAUGUUGUGGAUCUUACUCUCGAUGUUGAUCAGACUUGAGAUACUUCGUGUGCAUAUACACAGCGACUUGUUCGUGACAAACACUUUGUAAAUAAUAUUUCGCAUAGCAAAAUUCUUUGUUCAUUUUUGUACAAAUAAAAUCAGUGUAUUGUUAUCAAUGAUUUACAGCUUGAAGAC